AUGACAGUGAUUUGUUUUCUGCUGACCAGGAUCUUCUUUCGAAGUCUCUUGGGUCAGCAUUCAGUCAGUCGAAAUUGGGCAAACAGGAGCAGAUACCCACGAAAGCACACUUUGGUCUGGAUCAUGUUUCGCACCAUGUUGAAACCACUGGCAGCUUCAGUCAUACCUCGCAUUUCACUUACCUUCUUUAGAUUCAUGCAGCGCCUCCUCAUCCGCAGUAUCAUCGAACUUGUAGGAGAGCCUGAUUCGGAGUCAGCAGACAACCGUGGAUGGGGUCUCACAGCUGCCGUCGGUCUGGUGUAUCUUGGGCUGGCUUUGACUAGUGGCGCGUACCAGCACAAGGCAAAUCGUAUGGCUACGAUGGUCCGCGGCUCUCUCGUUCAUGCUAUAUAUGCACAGACACUAGACCUUUCAAUCACCAGUCUUGACGAAUCUGCGGCUGUGACGUUGAUGAGUUCGGACGUGGAAAGAAUAUGCGAAUCGCUCGUCUCCAUACACUAUAUGUGGUCCAGUCCUAUUGAGAUUGCAUUGGCAGUCUGUCUGCUUUCACGAGAAAUUGGUAUUUCUCUUCUGGGACCUCUGGUCGUUACCGGUCUGGCAAUCUCUGGUCCACUUCUGAUUUUUGGCCGCAUGGGCAACGCUCGGAAGACCUGGAUUGAGAAAAUUCAAACCAGGGUUGAUAGCACGGCCAAAAUGCUAAGCUCCAUGAAGGGUAUAAAAAUGCUUGGUCUCGGCUCUAAAAUGUCCAGCAUCAUGACGCAGCUGAGACUUGAUGAAGUGUCCAAGUCACUCAAAAUGAGGAAACUGAUGGUAGUCAUGAAUGCCUUUGGUAAUAUGUCUGAUAUUCUGGCCCCUAGAGCUGUUUUUGCGAUAUAUGUCAUUGUGGCUACCGUCAAUGGGCAAACACUUGACGUGAUCUCGGUUUUCACAGCUUUGUCUCUCAUCGCAUUGCUGGUUGCGCCGAUUCGAGCUCUCGUGUUCUCUGCUCCACCAUUGAUUGCAACUGUCAGUUGUUUUGAUCGGAUCGAAAGGUUUCUGUCGUCGACAACCAGGAAGGAUCAUCGAUCGAUGCUCCCAGACUCGCAAGCUCGCACCAGCAGCACAGUGACGCAUGGACCGACCACUGGAAACCUCACUAUCAACGCUGGCAUUGGGCUGGAUGUGAUCGAGUUGGAUAGUAUCACGCCGGUGAAAGCUGCGACUUCGUCACCGUCAUCGGCCGCGAUCAGUGCUAAAAACUUGACGCUUGCUUGGUCUGAUACUGCCGGAGGUAAUCCUGUCAUCAACGACGUGACUUUUAACAUUCAGCCCGGACAAUUGACUAUGAUCGUCGGUCCAGUCGGCGCUGGGAAAUCCAGCCUUUUACAUGGUCUGCUUGGGGAAAUACCAUCUUCAAAAGGAAAUGUCUAUAUUAAGCAAGCACAUGCUUCUUUUGUUGGCCAGAAUCCAUGGUUACAAAAUGAUCCCGUUCGAAACAACAUUAUUGGGGUCAAUGGAUUCGACGCAGCAUGGUACUCGAAGGUUUUGAGUGCCUGUGCGUUCGAUUCAGAUAUGAAUAUGUUCUCUGAGGGCGAUGGUACCAUUGUUGGCUCAGCGGGUGCUGCUCUUUCCGGAGGUCAGAGACUACGUGUGGCAUUAUGUCGAGCUGUUUAUGCUCGAAGGCAGAUCCUAAUAUUGGACGAUGUAUUCUCCGGCUUGGAUGCUGCAAGUGAAGAUCGCAUUUUCUCCCGCCUGCUUGGUACAACAGGACUCCUUCGACAGCUCGAUACAACAGUCAUUCUAGUUACUCAUGCAGCUCAUCGUCUAUCAUAUGCCAACCACAUAGUCUCACUCAGCAGCGACGGAUCCAUUUCCGAACAAGGAACAUUUCUCCAGUUAAUGGGCAAUGGUGGAUAUGUGGCCAGUCUUACGGCUCGUCAUGUCACAGAAUCCGAGAAAGAAGACGCAAAGGUAACUGCUCCUUCUAAACCAGUAGCCGAUGACACGGCACGACAAAAUGCCGCAGCUGAUCUCAAUCGUCCUGUGGGUAACUGGGCUGUUUAUAAGUAUUACUUCCUCAGUGCUGGGAUGAGAAACAUUUGGAUCCUCGCUGUAAUGACUGUUUGCAAUGCUACUUUUGAUCGAUUUCCAGGCAAGUAG